AUGGUGCGGACUAAAGCAGACAGUGUGCCUGGCAGGUACAGAAAAGUGGUGGCUUCUCGAGCCCCCAGGAAGGUGCUUGGUUCCUCGACUUCCGCUAAUUCCACGCCGCUUUCCUCAAGGAAAGUUGAAAAUAAGUAUGCAGGAGGGAAUCCAGUUUGUGUGCGCCCAACUCCCAAGUGGCAAAAAGGGAUUGGAGAAUUCUUCAGGCUGUCCCCUAAAGAUUCAGAAAAAGAGAAUAGAAUUCCUGAGGAGGCAGGAAGCAGUGGCUUGGGAAAAGCAAAGAGAAAAGCAUGCCCUUUGCCACCUGAUCACACAGAUGAUGAAAAAGAAUAG